CGGUAUUGUAUCAAAAUCAGGUAUUAUGCCUGGUAAUACCUUCUUAUCAGGUACAGGUAUUCAGGAGUGUUGUGUUUGUUUAUUUUCUCGCGUAUCGCCAUCGCCACACAAUCGUUUGAGUGGCAAAUAUUCUGUCUCUAUUCAUGUCGAAUUGUUACUUCAACGCACCGUAAGAAAGGUAGUUUUCGGUAUAAAUUUUUAUCGGAGUGAUUAAUGCAGCUACUUGUCAUAGGCUUCUGUAUGUGCGGACACACCUGUGCGGCUACCAAGGCACCGAAGCAACCCACCCAAACCCAUAACUGUUCCAUCUUUCAUUUGUUUCUGCUCCUGCUGUCGGCGUAUAUAAAGUGUGGAGGAGUAGCAGUUGAUCAGACGUCUUUCCGAAAAAUUUAUUCUUGACACAAUGAAGGGUACAACGUUUUGUGUGGGGGAGUAGCAGCUGAUCAGUCGUCAUUCCGAAAAAGUUAUUCGUGACACGAUGAAAGGUACAGCGUUUUGGGUUGAAGUGAAAUUUGAGGAGACAAACUAAAAUUUGUAGUAUGUGCUGCCUGUAACAAUAGUUGUAGAUGUAUGAGAAGACACCAAUGACACAGUGAACAUGCUCCGAAGAAAUUCCCUGCUUUUUAAACUGACAUCGAGCGAUGUAGUAACCUGAAGUUGCUGCAGAAGCUGAGACUACUAAGUGGGUUUUGAGAUUCGAGCUGUAAAAGAUUCGAUUGAUACAAAAGUAGAAUUUCUAUCGGAAGAAAAUAUAAUGGAAAGUUUGAAAGGAGGCACUGACAUGUUUGGGGAUUGUACGAGCAUCAAACUUGGGGAAAAUCUAGGAAUCAAGGAAGAAAUCGGGGAUUACUCCGAAAAUGAAACCAGCUCUGCAAGUUAUCCAACAAAAAGCAUCCGUGAGAAUAGCAUCUUUGGAGAUCCAGGUGGCAAUAUUUCUAAAAAUACCUCCCUCACUCCAGCUUGGAUGAAAACUGAAGAAGUUCUUCCCAGUACACAGCUAAUAUGCUCGGUGGUUGAGCCAAAGAUGGAAGUUGAAGAACGAAGAAUUACUCGUGAACUGGUUGUCAUGUGUCCAAAAUACAUAAGUUCCCCGGAAAGCAGUUGUUCAACGCUUCAGUAUGAAAACAAUGCUGCUAUCUUACGCUUAUCAGAAACCAACCCACAAAAAGACAAUAAAAACCUUGCGGCCUCUGGAGAAGUGUUCAUAGUACAGCCAACUCUUUUAGGCGAGGAAUCAAAUACGAUCUCUAUGUCUGGCAGUAGAUGUGGUCUUGACUGUAAGUUGAAUCUGAAAACGGUAAAGCGUGGGGAGAGCAAGAAACAUUGCAGAAGUAGUUCUGAUCGAUUCAAGCAGCAAGUUAAAUUACCAUCCUUGAAACACAACACAAAUCCGAAUUCAAAAUGGUCGACCACUAAAAAUUGCAGGAAAAAAAAUCAUCCUGCUUUGAAGUUGAAAACUCACUCUGACGAGAAACCUUUCUCAUGUAAAAUUUGUCCAGCAAGAUUUAAGUUACUCUCGAGGUUAAAAAUCCAUAUGGUCACUCAUUCAGAUGACAAACCAUUUCCUUGUGAAAUUUGCUCAGCUAGAUUCAAGUUGGCCUCAAGGCUACAGGCUCAUUUGAAAGUUCAUUCAGACGAAAGACCAUUUUCAUGCACCUUUUGUCCUUCAAAAUUCAAAUCAAAGAUAGCUUUGACUUACCAUUCAGUGAGACACAGUGACGAGCGACCAUUCUCUUGUCCUCAUUGCUCGAUGCAGUUCAAAUUGAAGCAAACCCGAGACACACAUGUGAAAGUUCAUGACAUUCAGGGAAAGGCCUUACCGUGUCCUCAUUGUCCAAAGAAGUUCAAAUCACAAAAAAGUUUAAAAAAUCACCAAUUGACACAUUCCACCCCUGUAAGAGUUUAUUCUUGCGCCCACUGCCCAGCAACGUUUCGUUUCAAGAAGCACGUUCGUUCUCAUGUGGUGAUUCAUUCUAAUGAAAAGCCAUUCUCUUGUCAUGAAUGUUCUGUGCACUUCAAGUGGAAAUCUCAGCUGACCAAUCACCUUAAAACGCAUUCCUUUGAAACUUUUUACUCAUGUGCUGAUUGCAGUAGGUCCUUCACAUCAAAACAUGGUAUCAAGAAACAUUUAGACUCUCACUGUGCCGAAAGGCCUUUUCCGUGUUCCGUUUGCAAAUACAAAGCUCGAACGGAACCGAUUCUUUUAGAACAUUUUAGAAAACAUUGUUCAGAAAAGCCGUACGCUUGCCUUGUUUGUGAAGCUACUUUUAAAUGUAAAAGUUACUUGACAAAACACAGAAAGUCUCACAGCGAAGACAGACCAUUUGUAUGUGGACACUGCUCCUGUGGGUUCAAGAGUAAAGUUAUUUUGACCAGGCACAUAAAAAGACACGCUUGAGAAACUCAACUUUAUGACGUGUUAUUUCUUGAUUCAUUAAAUUUGUUUUUUAUCAUUCAGUUCUUAUUAAUUCGUUUAAUAAUUUACUUCCAUUUCUUGGCAAAGUUUAAAUCCUUGAAAAA